AGGCUUAUAACAAUCUAGACUGCUUUUUCCCUUCGUGCUAUAUUUCCCUAGAUCCAAUUAUGGUUAUUUGUAAACUUCUAAAAAACAAACCAUGGCAAUAGAAUGUAAAGAUCAUGAGAAAGAAUUCCGUAAUAUAGUUUCUUCUUCUCAAAACAUUGCACCCACAUUUAAAGUUUUUUAAGGAUUAUUUAUAAUUUAUUUAACUUAUCUUCAAUAUAUAUACUAGUUUUCUCUACAAACUCUGUGUAUUAGUUUAAAUAUUGUAUAAUUGAAAGCAUUUUGAGUGUAUUCUAUACUGUCUGUUUUUAGAAUUUUUUUGAAUAUUCUUGUUUUUAUUUGUUUUAUUGUAUAGAUGUUAGACAUUUGCAUAGUUAUAAAAUAACGAACUAAACAAUUUCGAGUUUUUAAUAUGCCAUGUUAAUAUUUUUUUUCCUUUUUUGUAAGUUGUUUAAUCUUAGGUUUUAGAAUGUGUUUGUUCAAAUCAUUAACCAGUAUUACUGUUUAUACAUAUAUUUUUAGAGAUCUUAGUAUAUCAAGGUUUUUUAGUAAAUACAUACAAAUGCCUAGAUACGAACUUCUGUUAAUUACAAGAGCUCUUGCUAAACAGAGUUUACGUGACGUCCUUCGAAGGACAGCUAACAAUAUAUUUGAACAGGAUGGUGUUAUAAGAUCCAUUCAAAACAUGGGUUCACAAGAACUACCAUACAGAAUGAAAUCCCACGCAGAAUGGCACACACAUGGACAUUAUUUCUUAUUUGAUGUUCAUAUAAAGACACCUUCUAUACCAUUUAUUAAGAAAGAGUUUAAGUUUGAUUAUGAUAUUAUUCGACCUUCUUUGAUAAAAAAAUCUGGUGAUUUUGAUGAAACGGAGAAGAAGACUCCACAUGUUUAUGAAUGUGAUGUUAGUUAUCAGAAACCAUACCAAUCAAGGAGAUAGUGUUUUUUUCUUAUGUUGUAUAUCAACUGUAUAUUAUUUUUAUAAAUAUACUUGUGUUAAACUUAGUACCACUGUACAACUUCGAGGCUAGUAAUGUCAGGUACCACAAUGUAAAUGUUUAAGAUGAAUGUUUUGUCAUUGGCAAUUACAAUUUUUAAAUUUCGAACAUGUUUAUUUACUGAGAACAUGUUUUUUAUUCUAUGUUAUAACCUUUAUUUCACCUUACAAAUUAUAGUUUUGCUUAUGAGGUA